AUGUCGACUCCGGCCGCAAACUUGGGAGACUUCCUUCGAGUAUUGAUGGCAGUGCAGGCUGUGCUCCUGACACUCGACGUCACGGAUGCGAUCAUUGGUGCACGCCUCGAUCAGACUCACCAGGCCAACAAGCAUCGACGCCCGGAUGAUCCCGCCUUUCGGACCGGCAGUUAUGUCUAUCUUUCGACCAAGAACCUGGCAGUUCCUGAAGGGAUGAAGUCGAAGUUGUUGCCGCGCUACAUUGGUCCUUUCCGUAUCCGAGCGGCCAUUCCAGCGACGUCCAGUUACGACCUCGAGCUUCCCCCAGCAAUGUCGCGAGUGCACAGUCGCUUCCAUGCUCGACUGCUUCGCCCCUAUGUUGAGAACGAUGCUGAGAGGUUCCCUGGGCGUGACCCCGCAGUUCUUUUUGUUGAAGAUGUAGCCGACGCGGCCGACAACUCCGCCAUUCCGGAACGGAUUGUUCGCGAUCGUCGGAACGCUCGGGGCAAUCGUUCGUUCUUGGUUCGAUGGAUUGGCCGUAAGGACAUCGAUGACACUUGGAUGUCAGAGCAGUCCCUCCGCUUCGACCAUCCAUCCCUACUCGACGCCUACCUGGCACAACUCGAUCGCUCAAAUCGCCGCCUGUCCUCCCGGUAGACUUCCUUCUGGGGGGACAAUGUCAGGCAAACAGCGAUACACUGACAGCAACACUCGAAGGAAGUCCCUGAGGUAAUGUGCAGGUAGAGUUGAGGUCACCAAAUGCUUCCCUCCAUUCAAGCAUUGUGGGCGUGAUGGCGUAGUCGUUCGGCGCGCGGGCGCGCACUUAAUGGUCGCGGGUUCAAGGCGCGCAGAGCGCAAUCUUCUCUCGGUUUUUGUUCUUUUUGUUAGCUGAGGCGCGGCCUCAGGGUUUUUACCGGUGCUCCCGCGAGCAAUCCUUUUUCCCCCUGAGGCGACCUCUUGGAGUAGCUGAAUUGGCUAAGUCCCCUCUGCGCCUGAGUGCCUCCCUUUUGUUUUUAGCACCUUCCCACUCAGCCUGGUCCGCUACAUCUCCCAAGAUCCCUUCACCUUCAUCCUUCGUUUUCGAUCUCGUUGGCAAUAAAGUCCGAUAUACUUGACUUGCUGCGAGCCUCACAACCGCGUCCCCUCCUCGGUUGUCCCUCGGUCGCCUGCCCCCGCCCAGUCGACCUUCCUUCGGCCUGAUCCCCUCCUCCGCGUGUAGUCAACGUCUUCUGAAGAGGACGUUGCCUGCCAGAACUCACGACGCUUACGGACCGCAUUCGCAUCCAGCUUCGUUCGGCAGGACUCUCGACCUCGCAUUCGGCCAUGCUUGCCACCAGCUCCCCCUGCCCCGCCUGCCGCGCUCCCGGUCACCGCCUGCGCGACUGCACUUCACGUGCGAAGCACCCGCCCACCGGCCCCUGCCGCCGAUGCCACAAGAAAGGUCACUGGGCACUCGACUGCAAGAACCGGGGUGAACAGGCACGUAGCAGCGACGACACCCAGGACGACACGUCUUCCUCCGCGGCCUCGCAACCGAACGUCGGCUAUUUCGCCUCCUGUCUCUUCGCUCGUCGCCAACUCCCAACUGACGCCUUUGUAGUCGAUUCGGGUGCCACGACACACAUGGUCGCCGACCGAUCUCUAUUCACGACUUAUCGUCAGACGGCACACACCAAGAUCGGCGGCAUCGCGGGCGGCAUCACGGCUAUCGGCAUGGGGGACGUGGCAUUCGUCGCCAAGACUGGACACCCGAUCACGCUCCGUGGUGUUCUUCACACGCCUGGCCUACACGUCAACCUCCUCUCUGUCUCUCGCCUCUGCGACACCGACCGCGUUCGUCUCGCCUUCACCAGCGACGGCAUCGACAUCGCCAAGGACGGCCGGGCCAUUGCUCACGGUACCAGGGUCAACGACGGUCUUUACCUUUUGGACGCGGAUCACACCAAGUGUCAGCAUCUUGCCUUCCUCUCACGCUCUGAGUCUCCCGUGCCCCUGCUUACCCUACACCGCUGCCUCGGCCAUCUUGCCCCAUCCUCUAUACAGAAGAUGAUUGCUGCAGGUUUGCUGGACGGGUUUGGGGCCGGGUACAGUGACAAAGACGUAGAGGAGUUUGUUUGCAAUGCUUGCCUUGGUUCCAAAGGUCACCGCCUUCCCUUUCCCGACUCUGAGUCGCAUUCCGCCGAGAGACUUGGCCUCGUGCACAGCGACGUCCUGUCGUUCCCCACUCCGUCCUUGACCGGGAAGCGCUACCUUGUCACGUUUCUAGACGACCACUCUCGCAAACUCUGGGCAUAUGCGAUCGAUCACAAAAGCGAUGUUUUCCCGACCUUCCAGACUUGGCUCGCCGAAGUGGAGUUAGAGACGAACGCGCGGUUGAGGAUCCUUCGAACCGACAAUGGCGGGGAGUACCGAUCAAACGCAUUCACGGAGUUCUGCAAAUCCAAGGGCAUUCGUCGUCAAUACUCUAUCCCUUACACGCCUCAACAAAACGGUCGCGCCGAACGUGUCAACCUCUCCAUCGUCGAGGGCGUCCUCGCUCUCCUUGCGGACGCCCGUCUGCCGGCCACCUUUUGGGAUGAAGCGGCUGCGUAUUUCGUUUAUUGCAAAAACAGGUGCUCACACUCAGCUUUGGCCAAACAGACUCCAGAAUCCGUUUGGAACGGCCAACGCACCACCGCCACCGCCCUCCACCCGUUCGGCUGCACAGCCUGGCUCACGGUCGCCCCGGACCUUCGCAGCAAGCUCGACCCCAAGGCCGCGCGCGUGAUCUUCACAGGUUACGACCUCGCCUCCAAAGCUUUCCGUUUCUUUGACCAUUCCAUCAACAAGAUUGUACUUGGUCGCAAUGCCACCUUCCUCGACGACGACUUCCCCGGCCUGCCAGUCACCACGCCCGUCGAUGCAGACGACACCGACCGUCAGUUCGUCGUUCCCGCCGACACGCCCGCCCCUGCCGUCAAGACGAGGACCCCACUAGUAAGGUCGGCGCACAUGGACGUCUCAUCCUCCCUUGAUGAUUCUGCCAUGAGCGCCGUUGACGUGGCCCCAGGGUACACUGGCGGAACCUUACUUAAUUCCACAGAUACCGAAUCGUCCUCGUCACCGUCUCCUGAGCCGUCCUCGUCACCGUCGCCCACAAACCCUUUGUCACCGUCGCCUGCGCUGUCACCGUCGUUGGCAGCGUCAUCGUCACCCUCGGUCUCACCGACCGACUCUGACUACUCCGCCGACCCUCUGGACCUCAUCGGCUCACAGACCCCGACUCGCCUUGGCCCACCGGACGUGCACCGCCCAGACUUCAGCACGUACCGUGAGCCCGCAUCGGCUGAGGAGUCGCCCGACGAACUCGACAUCAUUGGGCGUCACUCGCGCGAUGAAUCGCCGGAUGAAAUCGAUUUCCUCACCCAACACCACCGCGCCUUCAUCGCCACAGACGACGACGACCCCACCCUCGACGCCAUCGAGCCCGUCAAAUCGAUCACUAGCGACCCCCAGACCUGGCGCGAAGCAAUGUCCAGCGACGAGCACAACAUCUGGGCUGAGGCCGCCGCCGCCGAGUUCACCGCCAUGCGCGACGACUUCAAGGUGUUCACCAUCGAGCCUCGCUCAUCUGUACCGCCGGGCGCCACCAUCGUCACCUCCAAAUUCGUCUGGAAGACCAAGCGCAACGCAAGCGGUGAAGUCACGGGGCGGAAGGCACGUCUUGUAGCGCAGGGUAACCGACAGCGCGACGGCAUCGACUUCUCAGAAACCUUCGCACCCGUCGCCCGUUUCUCCUCCAUUCGCUGCCUCCUGGCUCUUGCCGCUGCCAAUGGCUACCACGUUCAUCAGGCCGACAUCGACAAGGCUUACCUCCACGGCGAGCUCGAUCAUGAUAUCUGGAUGACGACACCACGCGGUUUCGACUUCCCGAGCGAUAAGGUUCUCCGGCUGCGACGCUCAAUCUAUGAAGGAACAAUAUACCACUGCACCAAAAGGCGAGGCACCUCUACUUCAGUGAGCGCAUAUUGUCCUAGAAGUGAGAUGGAGCGAAGUUCAACACCCCCCUGUGCGCGAAGCUGAAGAGCUUGUGGCAGUGGGUGCGGCUUGUGAGGCAACUGGGCAUGUUGAUCAGGUCGCUUGGGCAAGUGCAGCUUGGGCACUGUGAGCACUGUCGAUGCGCCAGGGUGCUUGGCACGCCGCUGGGCAAGUGCGGGGGCCGGGACGCUGAGUGUAUGCGCGCAAAAUUGCCUGACCCCAGGGGGGAUUGAACUCAUGACCUGCUGGUUGCUCUGGGCUCAUAACCUAUGAAGGAACAAUAUACCACUGCACCAAAAGGCGAGGCACCUCUACUUCAGUGAGCGCAUAUUGUCCUAGAAGUGAGAUGGAGCGAAGUUCAACACAAUCUACGGUCUCAAGCAGGCCGGUCGCAUCUGGAAUCGUCACAUUGACACAUCACUCAGGAAUCUGGGGUACAAGGCAACAGGCACUGAUCACUGCAUUUACUCUCGCAUUGACGAUCAGCAGCGGCCUCACUAUAUCGCCUUGUAUGUCGACGACCUCCUCAUUGUCAGUCCAGCCCUCGACGAGAUCGAACGUGUCAUCUCCGGCCUUGAACAGCGGUACGGCGUCAAACGACUCGGCCCCGCGGAGUACAUCCUCGGAAUCCAAAUACGCCGCCUGGACGACGGUUCCAUUGCUCUAUCCCAGGAGCGCUACAUCAUGGACGUGCUGGCCCGUUUCCACUUCGACACCACGACACGCGGCACUACGGUGCCGAUGACGCCCGGCCUCUCGCUCACGGCAAUUCCGGGUCAGGGAACGGAGCGCAUUCGUUCGUGGUACCUACAGGCCAUCGGCUCCCUCCUCUACAUCUCCCUUGGCACUCGACCCGACAUUGCCUUCGCCGUCUCGUACCUGUCCCGGUUCGCCAACAACCCCGGCCGCCGCCAUUGGAUUGCCGUCAAACACGUCCUUCGCUACCUUCGCGCCACGUACCGCGAUGAGCUUCUCUAUGCCCGCGGCCCAGCAAAAGUCACGGGUGUGGUUGGUUAUUCUGAUGCGAACUGGGGCGCCUGCGUCGACACAUCCAUUUCAACGAUGGGCUACGUAUUUUACUUGGCAGGCGCCGCUGUCUCUUGGUCGUCGAAGCGUCAGACUCGGGUAGCGGAUUCCACCACUGAUGCCGAGUACCUGGCCUUGUCGCACGCGGGUAAGGAAGCGAUCUACCUUAACCAACUCCUCUCCGAGCUCCACGUUUGCCCAAUCGCUGCAGCUCACAUCUUCACCGACAACGAGGCCGCGGCCGCCGUCGCUCACGACCCCGUUCGCACCUCCGGCACCCGGCACAUUCGCCUCCGCGAGCAUUUUGUCCGUGACAUGGUCAAUCGAGGUGAUAUCUCUCUCUCACACGUUGGCACAGCAGACAUGGUUGCGGACGUAUUCACCAAAGCGCUAGGCCCCAAGAUUUUUGGUACACAUUGCUAUGCUCUAGGCCUCCGGACGCGACAUCCACGGCUCAAGUCUACCUCGCGUUCGCGUGGGGGGGGGUGUGAGGAAUCCACUCUCCGCUCGGCUCAGGACUUAGGCGCGCGGAGCGAACCGGGCGCGGACUUAGGCGCGCGGAGUGAGCCGGGCGCCCCGGCCCAGGACUUAGGCGCGCGAAGCGAGCCUGGGCCAUUGGCUCAGCCCCAGGCUCGCUGGCUGUGGACUUGGGGCGCGCGGGUCUCUUAUUGUUAG